GUUUUUUUUUUUUUUUUUUCCACCUGUGGAUGUCCAUUUGCACCUGCAUUGUUUGUUGAAAAUGUUACCCUUCCUCCAUUGACUCACUUCUGCACCUUUGUCAGGUAUCGGCUGGGCAUGUUUGUGUGGGUGUACACCUGGGUUCUCAGCUCUGUUCCUUUUGAUCUGUCUCUCUGCCAGUACCACACUGUCUUGAUUACCAUAGCUACAUAAUAUGCUUUGAAACCCUGCACUGUUGCUAUAGGCCUGACCCAGUAGGCCUGAGAGGAGUGUCUAUGGUUGGCAGGUUCCUCCCCCACCCCGAGUGUCACCAUCUGGGAGGCUUUCCUUGCUCAGUGGCCAUCCCAGUACCCAGGCCAGAUGGGCCUGCUUCUGUCCAGCGUGGAGCUGUCAGCCCCUGGUUUUUCUGCUUCCCAGGCAGGACACCUCUGGGUGCACCUUGUGCAAAUUACCUUGCCUGCCCCUCUAUCUUUUUUGCCACCCUUUUCAUAGCUCCUUUGCUGUUUGCUUUCCUUCCUUCCCUCCCUCAACUCCAGGAGGACUGGCUGGACAGGGCCCGGGUGAGGGGAGCUGAGUCUGCUGGGCCAUCUGAGAGUGCUUGCGGACUACCCUGGCUCACUGGAAUUCCCAGAGCAGGUGGCUGGUGUGAGGUGGGCUCUCCCGCUUCCUGUGUGAAGCUGGCCAGUUAUUGGCUCCUGAGUUCCUGGGUUCCAGCUCCCUCUUGCUAUAGGGUCACUAUGAGUCGGAAUCAACUCGACAGCACUGGGUUUGGUUUUGGUUUGGUCUUGCCUAGUUGGUCGCCUUUUCUCCCAUCCCUGGCCACCCAGGUGACAGGAUGGAAGCCCUACAGCCUGCAGCCAGGGCUCUGCUGUAUCUGCGUGUGGGGUAGGGCACAACAGCAGCAACAAAGCCUUGACUCUGGUUAGACCUGGCAGAGGUGAGGGGGCAGUCCUUGUACCUAGGCAUGGUCCUGGGUUGAGUCAAGGCCCAGGCAGUGCCAGCAAGCGUACCACCAGUUGGUGACAAGGCAGUACCUAGACAGAGUGGGCAGAGGGUCUGCUUGUGCAGGAGGGUUUUGAUACCCAGGUUGUAGGAGGGUGUUGACACCCAGAAGAAGCUUGCAGGUGGGGGUCCUGCUCUUGCCAGGGUGGGCAGCCUUGGGUAGGCCUCUUGCCUCCUGUCCCUCAGUUCUCUUGUCACUGAAAUGGUGAGUGAACUAAUAAACACAUGGUGAGAAGGCUCCUGCUAACAGCAGCAUGCUGCAGUUCUAGGAGAGCAGGGUGACCCACACAGGAUCCUUGUGACCCCCUGUCCUACUGUCCGCCUUGCACCCUGGCUCGCAAGUCCUUGCUAUUCCUCUGGCCCUGUCGGCCCAGGUAGUCAGCAUUAUGAACAGUGUGCUGCUCCGAUCUUGGGCCCUAGGCUGCUCGCUGUGUCCUGUGGAUGCCUGCUGACUCCCUACCCGUUGACUCUGUGUGGGUCCCUACAUUGUGGCCUGUGUGUGGGCAUCCUCUGCCCACCUCUGGGAGAGGCCACAGUCACCAGACCCUGCCUCGUCCUGACCUCCCAGUGUGUUGGGGUGUGGUCUCAAGCCACAGCUCCCUGGCUACCCCUGCAGAGGGGAGGACAGCACAGAGAGGGAGAGGGCUGGGUCUGAUGGGCUGCACCCUGCUCGUCUCCCCUACAUGACACCAUGCCCUGACCCCACACUCUGCGCCCACCCUCUGACCUGGCCUCCCCCCCUACCCCAGCCUCCAGAGCUGCCUUGGGGUCUGUCCCACCUGAGCUGGGCCCCUCCCAGCUACCUGGUGAUGCUCCUUCCUCCCCCCCACCUUGGCCUUUACCUCCUGGACCUUCUGAUGGGAGUUCCUUCCAAUUCGGCCCCCUCUUACCUCAUGGAUUCUCUUGAGAGUUGCCGGGAUUUCCCCUUGCUUUAUAUGCAUAUCACGUAAGCCAGUGGGAAGGCCUUUGUGUGGAGGAAGAGUGUGGGAAUCAGAACACCUAUUUCCAGGGCUGUUCCUGGAGCAUGAGGUGGCAGGGCCUGGCCUAGAAAGGGUUAAUGCUAACUUCUGGGCUACGUUUGCCAGGUGGCAGGCAGGCUGGCAGGAUGCCAGGUUCCUGGGCUGCCCUGACACCCUGAGCAUGGCCCUGCAGUCCCAGUUUGCCCAGCCCUGGCCCCAGGUUGGCAAAGGAAGGGACUGUGCUUGAUGGCUGCUGGCCCCUCCACCCUUGAAAGGCGUUGGGUGGUGGUGGAGGCUCACCAUGAAGAGGCAGGACUGCCAGGUGUCUGCAGCAUCCCAGGCCACAGCUGCAUCUCGACUAACAGUCUCUUCCCUCCUGUUCCAGCAGCCAGAUAAGCACCAUCGAGGGCAGCUACAUCCCGCCGCAGACCCGGCCUUGGGGCUGCUCCGUGGCCCAUGAACCCCAUGAACCCCAUGAAACCCGCCCUUCCCCCCGCACCACACGGUGAUGGUUCAUUUGCAUAUGAGUCUGUGCCUUGGCAACAAAGCGCCAGCCAGCCUGCAGGAUCGCUCUCUGUGGUAACCACCGUGUGGGGAGUUAGCAACACAUCCCAGAGUCAGGUCUUGGGGAGCGCCAUGGGCCCUGGAGGGAACCCUUCCAGUAGCUCCAUGAUGCCCGGCAUGGCAGGCGGCAGCCCCGCCCUGAAUUCACCGCAGUUCCUUGGGCAGCAGGCAUUUGCCGAGGGCAGCACCAACAAGGGCUACGUGCAGCAGGGGGUGUAUGGCCGCGGGGGCUACCCCGGGGGGCCCGGCUUCACCACUGGGUAUGCAGGUGGCCCAAGUGGCCCCGGGGGCCUGGGCCUCCCCUCCCACGCGACCCGGCCCUCCACUGACUUCACUCAGGCCGCCGCUGCUGCUGCUGUGGCUGCCGCUGCAGCCACUGCCACCGCCACCGCCACAGCCACGGUGGCUGCUCUCCAGGAGAAGCAGACCCAGGAGUUGAGCCAGUAUGGAGCGAUGGGGGCCGGACAAUCUUUUAACAGCCAGUUUCUGCAGCACGGAGGUCCCCGGGGGCCCACCGUGCCCCCCGGCAUAAGCCCUCCCAGCAUGGGGGCGGUGAUAGGCCCCUCCGGCCUCUCCCCCAUGGGCAUGAACCCUAGCCGGGCAGUGGGGAUGACACCCCUAUACGGAGGGCAGCGCCUGCCCCAGCACACACACCCUGGGCCCUCCCAGGCCCAGCCGCUGCCCCGACAAGGGGUCAAAAGAGUCUACUCCAAUGAGGUGUAUCCAGGGCAGCAGUACCUGCAAGGAGGCCAGUAUGGACCCAGUGCUGCCCAGUUUGCUCCCAGUCCUGGGCAGCCCCCUGCACCCUCUCCCUCAUACCCUGGGCACAGGCUGCCCCUGCAGCAGGGCAUGGGGCAGUACCUUUCUGCCCCUGGCCCUACAGCACUGCACUACAAGUCCACAGACCAGUUCAGUGGGCAGAACACCAGCUUCAAUGGAGGGAGUUUCAGCUACAGCCAGCCAAGCCUGAGUGGGCCCGCGCGCUCCAUACCCGGCUACCCCAGUUCCCCGCUGCCGGGGAACCCCACGCCGCCGAUGACCCCCAGCAGCAGCGUCCCCUACAUGUCUCCAAGCCAGGACGUCAAGUCCCCCUUCCUGCCUGACCUCAAGCCCAACGUGAGCUCCUUGCACCCCACCCCUUCUGGAAAUGGCCCUUGUGAUGAGCUGCGGCUGACCUUCCCGGUGCGUGACGGGGUGGUCCUGGAGCCCUUCCGCUUGCAGCACAAUCUGGCUGUGAGCAACCACGUCUUCCAGCUCCGGGACUCCGUCUACAAAACCCUGAUGCUGAGGCCCGACCUUGAGCUGCAGUUCAAGUGCUACCACCAUGAGGACCGGCAGAUGAACACCAACUGGCCGGCAUCCGUGCAGGUCAGCGUCAAUGCCACACCGCUCACCAUUGAGCGAGGGGACAACAAGACCUCCCACAAGCCCCUCUACCUGAAGCACGUGUGCCAGCCGGGCCGGAACACCAUCCAGAUCACUGUCACGGCCUGCUGCUGUUCCCACCUCUUUGUGCUGCAGCUGGUGCACCGCCCGUCAGUCCGCUCCGUGCUGCAGGGCCUUAUCAAGAAGCGCCUCCUGCCAGCUGAGCACUGCGUCACUAAGAUAAAACGCAACUUCAGCAGCGGCACCAUCCCAGGCACGCCUGGGCCCAAUGGAGAGGACGGGGUGGAGCAGACAGCCAUCAAGGUGUCCCUGAAGUGCCCCAUCACCUUCCGCAGGAUCCAGCUGCCUGCCCGCGGCCACGACUGUCGGCACAUACAGUGCUUCGAUCUGGAGUCAUACCUGCAGCUCAACUGCGAGCGGGGGACUUGGAGGUGUCCUGUCUGCAACAAGACAGCAUUGCUGGAGGGCCUGGAGGUGGACCAGUACAUGUUGGGGAUCCUUAUCUACAUCCAGAACUCUGACUAUGAAGAGAUUACCAUUGACCCCACGUGUAGCUGGAAGCCGGUGCCCGUGAAGCCUGACCUGCACCUGAAGGAGGAGCCUGACGGGCCAGUCCUGAAGCGCUGCCGCACCGUGAGCCCUGCCCAUGUGCUCAUGCCCAGCGUCAUGGAGAUGAUCGCUGCCCUGGGCCCCAGUGCCACCCCCUGCACUCCCCUGCAACCCCCCUCAGGCUCUGCACCCAGUGACUAUCCCAGCCAGGGUUCCAGCUUCUUGGGACCUGGGAAUUUCCCCGACUCCUUCCCUCCCUCCACACCCAGCAGCACCCCAACCCUUCCCGAGUUCACCCCGGGGCCACCACCCAUCUCCUACCAGUCUGACAUUCCCAGCAGCCUCCUGACUCCAGAGAAGCCUGCCUCCUGCCUCCCAGGCCAGAUGGCACCAGUGGGCCACCUGGACCCAGCCCACAACCCUGGGCCACAGGGGCUGCACACCCCCAACCUUGGAGCUCCCCCAGGGCCACAGCUGCACCAUCAGAACCCUCCCGCACCACCCCGGCCACCCCUGGGCCAAGCAAGUGCAGGUCCUGGCAGUGAGCUGGCCUUCAACCCCACCACCAGUGUGAUGGGGCCCACCAGCAUCUCUGCAGCUGGAGAGGCCCCAGAACCAGCUCUGGAUCUGCUCCCAGAACUGACCAACCCCGAAGAGCUGUUAUCGUACCUGGGGCCACCCGGCCUGCCCACAAACAGCAACGAUGACCUGCUGUCCCUCUUUGAGAACAACUGACCUGUGUUAACCCUGCCCAGCGGGGCCGGGCUGCCUCCCACCCAUGCUCCACCCCUCCACACGCACAGCUGCCUGGCCCUAGCCCUUGAACAGGAAGUGGCCCUGUGAACAGUCAGGGGUUGCCAUUGGGGCAACUGGGCCCUCCCCACCCCUCCAUCAGCUCCCUGCUACUAAAACGGUUUUGUUGCAGUGCCUGCCCUGGCCCCGCCUCGUCCUUCCACCUAUGCCUGCUCCUGCCCACCCUGCAUUUUAUUCCAGCGUUGACCCUUCUGUUGUGACUCCUCCAUUACCGUGGCAGAGCCGGCAAGGCUUGGCUGUCUACCAGGCCUGUGGGCAUAGUGGCUCCUGGGAAGCCCCUGGAAGUGGGAGCCUCAUCUGGCACCAUGCACACUGGCCUUUAGAGGGCUGAGCUCCCCGCAACCAUCCCAUCCGUGGUGUCCUGGCCCCUCUGCCCCACCCUAAGCUUCAGGCAAGAGGCUCAGGGUGGGGGAAAGGGAUUAACUAUGAAGCACAACAAUGUACAUAGUGUACAAACACUAAAAGCUGGAGAAAGAAGGAACAAAGCUGUUUAAAGGGAGCAAGCCCCCCGUUGUGCAGCCGGACUUCCAUGUGCUCUCAGGUCCUCACUGGGCAGACAGCUCCAGGAGGGCCCAGGCCCAGCCCCAGGCAGGAGAGUGGGGUCUCUGCUCUCUUCCCAAAUCCCCUUUUCCAUGAAAGUGAAGAAAGUACAGCCCUGUUUUUUAAAACCACCUUUCCUGAGUCCACCCUGUGGGCUAGAACCCAGGGUGGGGAGCGGAAAGCCAUUGCAUCCUGUUGGCUUGGGGCUCCCGAGCCUGUGUGUGGUGUGGGCCGGGUGCCUGUUGUGUCUCCUGUCUGUAUGACCUCUAUUAAAAGACUCCCUCAUGUGGGCUGUGCUGGGUCCCCUCCUUUGUGCUCAGGGCAAGGUCCUGCCUGGAGUUACUGCCUCUUGGGGGUGGGGGGUCGUUCAGCAGUGACUCCACCACCCACAAGGUAGCCCUUGGGGGCCAUAUACCACACCUGACUUACCAGCCAAGGUCCAGCUGUUCCUGCCCCCGUGGUAAAUUUCCUCUUCCCUGGAAUUUCCCAAGCUGGCUUCAGCUGGGGAGUUUGUGACAUGUUGUCAGGACCAGAGAACCAGAAUUGCUUGGGAGAGACAUUUGUCACCUUCCCAGGAAAGGGUCCUGCUCCUUGGAGCUCAUAGGCAACCGCCUGGCCCCUCAUACCAGCUCCUGGAGCCACUGCACCCCUGACCCUCCACGACUCACGGCCUUGCACCUGUCAGGCUGGGCCUGCUCAACGGGGAGCAGGUCCAGAGCUGGGUGCAGGGGCAUGCCAGACACAGGAGACCUGCUGCAGAAAUGGGAGCCGCCCAAUGCCCCCAGGAGGGCGACCAGCCCAGAGGCUGCAGGGUCCCAGGCAGCAGAGGGCAAUUGGGUGGGGUGCACAGACAUUUCCUUCAGGUGGAGUCCCAAGAGGAUGGGCCCCAGGCAGGCCGAGAUGGUGGGGUCAGCUGAAGGUGUCUCCACGUAUCCACAUCCCACUCAGUCUGUUAGAAGCCCGAUUCUGCUCCUGGGUGGAAUUGAAAAAUCUGGAGAUGGGGACAAGUAGAAGGCUGGAAACUGGAAGGGCAGGCAAACAGCUGAGGGGUAACUGAGCCUAGAUAUUAGCAGUGAGCACAGCCACCUCUCAUCUCUUCGAUAGGCUGUAUAAAAAAGCCAGUCAGCAGGUCCUGCACUAUGUUCAUAAAGCUCCAACCUGAACAUUUUGUGGCCUUUAGUGCCACGCUGUCCACCACCCCCAUGCCCUCAAUGCCACGCAGUACCCAGGUCACUCCCAUCCACCAGGCCCUGCACACCUGGGCUCAGCUGUAGACACACCCAGUUCCCCCACCCCCACCCCAACAAGCACAUGGCCCAGCAAUCCUAUAGCAUCCACGCUCAGGCCUCUGCAGGUCCCAGUUCCUAUCGGUGCCCCCUUGGCCCACGCAUCUGGGUAGCAUCUGAGACACGCCACCUGCCUGCUAUGGUGACUGGUUCAGGUGGGCCUUGACCCAGGUGGUGCAAUGAGAGCAAAGUCCCUCACGUGAUCAAGGAGGCAUUUAAUUGGCCCCAGGAUAGUUGAACUUUAUUUUUUUAUAAUUUACUUUUUGAACUGGAGGUAAUUUGUCUGAUCUGUUUUUUUAAAACUGACGCAGUGAAAUACACAGACCUUAAGUUCAAAUGAGUUCUCAUGAGAAUAUACUUCCUCCACGUAACUGGGGACGUGGAGUGUCUGAGUCUCACUUCUCACAGACUCAUUCCAAGGAAGGUGCUGGCCCACUCUCUGGUUCCAAGUAAGAGCUCCCAGGCGUGGGCUCUGACUGGCUCAACUGGGGCAGGCCAGUCACAGGAAUAGGACUGUCUGUCAGGAGCACUCUCCAAGGAAGGAGGGGGCAGUUAUCACAAGAGAGAGAACUUCCCACUGGCCUUAGAAUAAAGCCCAAAUGCCUUCACACAGCCCCAAGACUUGACCUGCCUGGCCUCCUUCUCCUCCAGGCUCCUGCUGCCCUGUGCUCCAGCCACAGGCCAGCUCCCACUUCUGGAGGUGACCGUGUGUCUGCCCUUCUCACUGUCUAACCUAGAGCAGGCCUCUGGUGACAGGUCACUUCCUCAGAGAAGCCCUUUGCUUUCAGCUCAGCUCUGUGCACUGCUUUUUAUAGCUGUGUCAGAGUUGACUACUGCUGUGAUUUUCCCCAACUUUUUAUUUAAAAAGUGAUCAGAUCUCUGUUGUUAGGUUCCAUCGAGUUGGUUCCAACUCAUAGUGACCCUAUGUACAACAAUGAAACACUGCCCACCCCUGGGCCAUCCUCAUGAUUGUUGUUAUACUUGAGCCCAUUGUUGCAGCCAGUGUGUUACUCUUUCUUGUUGAGGGUCUUCCUCUUUUUUGCUGACCCUCUACCCAAGCAUGAUAUCCUUCUCCAGGGACUGGCCCAUCCUGAUAACGUGUCCAAAGUACAUGAGACAAAGUCUCACCAUCCUUGCUUCCAAGGAGUACACUGGCUGCACUUCUUCCAAGACAGACUUGUUCAUUCUUCUGGCAGUCCAUGGAAUAUUCAGUAUUCUUUGCCAACACCAUAAUUUAAAGGCGUCAAUUCUUCAGUCUUCCUUAUUCAUUGCCCAGCUUUCUCAUGCAUAUGAGGCUAUGGAAAAUACCGUGGCUUGGGGGUCAGGCACGCUUUAGUCCUCAAAGUGACAUCUUUGCUUUUCAACACCUUAAAGGAGGUCUUUUGCAGCAGAUUUGCCCAAUCAUUUGACUCCUUGACUGCUGCUUCCGUGAGUGUUGAUUGUGGAUCCCAGUAAAAUGAAAUCCUUGACAACUUCAAUCUUUUCUCCGUUUAUCAUGAUGUUGCUCAUUGGUCCAGUUGUGAGGAUUUUUGUUUCCUUUAUGUUGAGGUGCAUCCAUACUGAAGGCUGUGGCCUUUGAUCUUCAUCAGUAAGUGCUUCAAGUCCUCUUCACUUUCAGCAAGCAAGGUUGUGUUAUCUGCAUAACACAGGUUGUUAAUAAGUCUUCCACCAAUGCUGAUACCACGUUUUUCUUCAUAUAGCCCAGCUUUUCGAAUUAUUUGCCCAGCAUACAGAUUGAAGAAGUAUGGUGAAAGGACACAGUCCUGAAGCACUGUCAUUGAACACUAAUGACCGAAGACUGGUGAAGUCAUGGGAUGACAUCAAGGACAUCAUAUAUGAAGAAAGCAAAAGGUCAUUAAAAAGACAGGAAAGGAUCCUGGCGGUCAUGGUCCCCAAACCUUCUGUUGGCCCAGGACAGGAACCAUUCCCGAAGACAACUCAUCAGACAUGGAAGGGACUGGACAAUGGGUAGGAGAGAGAUGCUAAUGAAGGGUGAGCUACUUGUAUCAGGUAGACACUUGAGACUGUGUUGGCAUCUCCUGUCUGGAGGGGAGAUGGGAGGGUAGAGAGGGUUAGAAACUGGCAAAAUUGUCACGAAAGGAGAGACUGGAAGGGCUGACUCAUUAGGGGGAGAGUAAGUGGGAGCAUGGAGUAAGGUGUAUAUAAGUAUAUGUGACAGACUGACUUGAUUUGUAAACGUUCACUUAAAGCUCAAUAAAAAUUAUUAAAAAAAAAAAAAAAAAGACAGGAAAGAAAGAAAAGACCAAAA